AUGGAGGUUUCUCAGAAGAAGAAAGUCACGAUAGUUAGACUAUCUGUGCUAAACAGCCAUGAUGCCUGGCGAGAAAUUAAGCAGAUUGACAAGAACAUCAUUGAUAUUCUGACCAAGCUCCAUUCUCCCGAAUCAUUCCAGGCCAUUGCUGAUGCACUAAACAACAUGCGCGACGAGGUUGUGGCUGCUCAUCUCUCUCCCAUGGGACAGAUACUAUUGGCUGGGAAAGAAAUUCUUCCUUUGCAGCUUCACAGAUCAUCCUUCGUGCCUGUCCUAGAGGAUGUUAAUUUGAUUACUCCUGAUCCUACGAUUGGUGAUUCUACCACUGAGGAUUGGACUAGCGAUGAAGACAAACCAGGGCCAUCAUUUACUCCAGUUAAUCGUCCUCUUCUGAAGAGGAAGCGUGCGAUGCUAGCAAAGACUGUUCGCAGCUCAUGGAAGAGAGGUCAUGGACGAAGCCCUGAGUAG